AUGACAGACGCGGGCUAUGCUGCGACCGUACCAGGCAUCAUGAAAAUUAUUGGGGCCAUUAUCGGCUUCAUCAACAUGAUCCUCAUCGCCGUCGGCCUUAAUGUUCACUCAAGUGAGGGCGGCUACCUACUGUUUGUGGCCAUUUAUGUUUGGGUGAUGUGCCUGCUUCUCCUUCUGCUGCACAUAUUCGAUGUCAGCGGCAGUAAUGGCUUCGACAUCUUCGUAAGUCAUCAUUUUCGAUUUUUUUAAGUCAUCUCUUAUACUUAUAUAAACUCAUGAUCAGGGAGCAUCAAAACCAAAUUUUCGAUUCAGCUUUGUUGCAUUAAAAUGCAAGCAAAAACAAUGUGUGUAUAGGUAGCACAUACUGCCGCCUCUUUUUUCAGCAUGUUCCAUAUUUCCUGCUCAGAUUAAAAAAUACGCAAUAUAAUCACCAAAAUGUGCAAAACAAAGGUCGACCUGUUAACGCUGAUCGAAGUUAUGCGUUUUGUUUUGUACUCCGGGCGUCGAUAUUUCAAAGGACUAAAUGAAUGAAGCGUUUCGUUAAUAGUAACAUUAAUCGGACCUUUCUGUAUGAUCAGCUGGUCAAAAUUGAUCGCCUGCGUCUUAAAAAGACAUCGCCUUAGAGCAUUUGGCGGCAUGCUUGUCUGACAAGAAAAAGAUGAGUCUAGUGAGACAUGUGACUUUCGAAAAAACACAAUAUUAUAUAUUAUAAGAAAUAGAUAGCCUAAAGCGUAUAUUGGUAAUUGAGAAUCCUUUUAGACAAAAUCACAAAAAAAUAAAUACUGUUUUUAGACAGUGUAUUUCAGACCGUCUAUAGCUAAAUAUCUUGACACUAAUUUGUAUUAAUAAUAACAGUGAAAUGUUGACCUGUUAUCAAGAUUCAAUACAAGUUCUCAUUUUUACGGUUAAAAGACACGUCGUUUUAGUAUUUCUCCCGUUUAUUCUUACAUCUCAAUUCCUACGAAACUAGAUCGACUUUGAUAGUGUUCUGCUUUGCAAAAAGCCCUAGUUUAACACUCAGUCUUUCGGGUAAUUUAUUUUAAGCACGGGAGUUCUAGUCAUUGACGCAUAUGCUAUCUUUUUACAGGAGGUAGUUGCACUAGGAUUGAUGGUUCUGUUCGUCUUCAUCGCCUUCAUUAUUGCUGCUGUAUAUGCUGGCCGGACAAAUUACAGUUAUCUGAUCGCCAUAACGGUAAGCCACAUAUAUUUGCCACUUAACAGACAUGACAACUAUCUCGAUAAACCACAUUGCGCAGAAAUUUCGAAAGACAUGAUAGCAGUUCGGCCAAAAAUAGACUGCAGAUUUUAUAAAAAAUUAAGGGUUACCUGCCGAUUUUUCGGUGAAAAGAAAAUCCAAAAAUCCUCUACCCUGCUAAAGGCGUUUUUUCACAAACUGACUAAGUACGCUCUAGUCGGAUGAAAACAUUUGUAUUGUUUUUACGUUCCUUUAACACACUAUUACUGCCUAAAUCAUGCUAUGAUCUUCGAAUUUAUGAUUUAACUGCCAGUGAAUGACCAUGAUCGUGCUUAUUCAUAGGAAAGAAUUAUUUUAUGAAUUUUAAUGAUCUUUGUAUUUGAAGGCAAAUUUGAGUGCUGGCAUGAACAUUGAGACUUAUUUUAUGGGCAUGACGAAACUGGUACUCGCUUGCGUAUUAGGUUCACUUGGCGUAUAUUAACUGCUGUAAAUGUAGUGCAGUAGCGAACCGAUAAUACUUACGAACAUUUAACUUAAAGCAAAAUUGUUUUGAAAUGUUUUCUUCAGGUCUUGUUCUUCAUAGUACUCGUCACGUCCGUCGUCGACUUUGCCCUUCAACUACGAAAAAUGGUCUGA